AGACCAAAGCAAAAAUAAAAAAAGAGAUUUCCCUCCUCUCUCGAUCCUUCUCCUGAACCCUAGCCACACAAGCAGAUCUGGAAUUUUGGAGAAGAAGGAUUCAGCAACCGGUUAGCCUCUCCCAAGCCCCCUUGAACUCCAAUCUUCACCAUCUUCUUGCCGAUUUCAUCGUCACAGCCUCCAUUACCAGCAUCUUUGCCGAGGCUUCCAGAGCCUUCUCCUCGGAACCUCCCAAAUUUCAGCCACCAUCAUCACCAGCUUCUUCAUGCACCACACAGCCACCGUCUCCAUUCACCGUUCAUCAUCACCAUCAUCAUUAUCGUCCCCAUCUGGCUACCAUCCUCUUACCGAUCAUCACUCUCAUUACCGUCACCCUCACCCUCACCAAUCACCAAGCAACCAAAAAAAAAAAAAACGAAAAAAGAGAAAAGACCAAGCAGAUUUGGUUUUGGGGAAAGGGAAGAGUUCGGCAGCCAAAAAAACAAAGUGUCUUCUCUCAGUCUCUUUCCCAACCCUUGGCCUUACCUCUUUCCUUCCGCUGUACCUCUGCUUUCUUUCUCCUGGUAUUCUGCAGAUCUGGUUUUGGAGAGAAAGUGGUUUUUGUUGUGGGCAACGGCGGCUGAAAGAGGAGGAUCGUCGAGCUUUCAGAGGAGUCACCGGAGAGUUCACAUUUUCUGGUUUUAUUCUGUUAGGUAAUUUUCAAAACAGAGGAUUUUUAGGGGAGGUAGUGAAGGAGGUGGUGGGAGCUUCGUCCCGUGGGUGGGAUCAGUCCCAUCUAAUCCAGAUCCAUCUUCUUCUAAAAAAUCUGCCAUGCUUGCUUUUGUCAUUUUCUGUUGAUUUUCCCUGUGCUUUACUUUUUUUAGUCUGGAUGUUUAAGCUUGUAUAUGUUUGCUGGAAAAUGAAUGAAAAUCAAAGACUAUUCAGUUUGUUUUCCUGUCAUUUACUGGUUGAAUCUUUAUAGAUCUACAUUUACAUGGAUGUGUUUUCUCGCGGAAAAUGAAAUGUAAUUGGAAUGAACUCUAAAUUUCCCU